CGCAGAACGAUCAGUAUUUGUCUCACUUUAUCGGUGACCCCUCUUAUGGGAAUUGACAUGUUAUCAACAGAAAACGGGUGAUAACAUUCAACGUUGUCUGAAGAAAUAAGUUUUCUUGCCAUAAGAUUAAUUGCCGUUUGACUCUCGACUCUAUCGUGGAAAAAAUGACAGUUGAAUUGAAAAAGUUUCUCUAUGAAUUAUUAAGCAAUGUUGAAGGACUGCAUAGCAUAUUAAUUACAGACAGAGAUGGAGUACCCGUCAUAUCUGUAGCCGAUGAAAAAGCACCAGAAUUAGCUACAAGAGCUAGUUUCUUAUCUACUUUUGGAAUGGCUACAGACCAGGGAAGUAAAUUAGGUCUUGGAAAGAACAAAACUAUUAUAUGCAUGUAUAGUAAUUACCAGGUAAUCCAGAUGAAUAAGUUACCAUUGGUUGUUAGUUUUAUUGCUAGUCACAAUUGCAAUACUGGUCACAUAUUAUCAUUGGAAAAUAAGAUUGAUCCUAUUCUAUGUAGUUUAAAAAAUGCAGUAGUAGAAGCCUGAUGGUUACCUGUUGUCCAUUAUGGGUGAUAAAUAUUGAGUAUGGAUCUCAAAUCUGUGGACUGUUGCAAAUAUCAGUUAUUAAUAUUGAUCUUAAGCAAUUUUUCAAGGAUAACAG